AUGGCAGCACCGACAACUCGUAAAUUGCCUAAGGAUUUCUUGUGGGGAUUCGCCACCGCGAGCUUUCAAAUCGAGGGGUCUGCCGACGUAGAUGGCCGUGGAAAGUCGAUAUGGGAUGACUUUGCCAAAACACCAGGGAAGAUUCUGGACGGAAGGGACGGGGAUGUUGCGACGGAUUCGUACAAGAGGUGGAGAGAGGAUGUGGCGCUCUUGGCGGAGUACGGAGUAAAGGCGUAUCGGUUCUCAAUAUCGUGGUCGCGUAUUAUUCCUCUUGGUGGUCGCAACGAUCCUGUCAACCCCAAGGGUAUCGAAUUCUACUCCAAAUUCAUCGACCUUCUCCUCGAGAACGGAAUUACACCUUUCGUCACAUUAUACCACUGGGAUCUUCCUCAAGCCCUCCACGACCGUUACUUGGGCUGGCUUAACAAAGACGAGAUUGUCAAAGAUUACACAAAUUAUGCCCGAGUCUGCUUUGAAGCAUUUGGUGACCGUGUCAAACACUGGUUGACCAUCAACGAACCGUGGUGUGUUGCAAUUUUGGGAUACGGUCGUGGUGUCUUCGCUCCCGGACGCUCGAGUGAUCGCGCCCGCUCAGCAGAAGGUGAUUCAUCUACAGAGCCCUGGAUUGUCGGCCAUAGCAUCAUCCUUGCCCAUGCCCAUGCGGUUCAAUUGUAUCGCUCACAAUUCAAGCCAACGCAAAAAGGUGAAAUUGGUAUCACUCUUAACGGUGACUGGGCACUUCCCUACGACCAAAACCCUGAAAAUAUCGACGCUGCUCAGCACGCACUCGACUUCGCUAUCGGCUGGUAUGCGGAUGCCAUUUACCUCGGCUUCUAUCCCCCAUACAUGCGUGAGGUCCUUGGGGACCGGAUGCCUGAUUUUACUCCCGACGAGUGGGCCAUUGUCAAGGGUUCCUCGGACUUUUAUGGGAUGAACACUUACACGACCAACCUUUGCAGAGCCGGCGGCGACGACGAAUUCCAAGGCAACGUGGACUACACGUUCACCCGUCCGGACGGAACACAACUAGGUACCCAAGCCCACUGCGCCUGGUUGCAAGACUACCCCGAAGGAUUCCGUUCCCUGUUGAACUAUGUCUGGAAGCGUUACAAGCUCCCUAUCUUCGUAACAGAAAAUGGAUUCGCCGUAAAGGGUGAAAACGAUAUGCCCCUCGAGGAGGCUCUUCAGGACAAUGAUCGUGUCCACUACUUCCAGGGAACCACCGCUUCCCUUCUGAACGCUAUCCAUGCCGAUGGUGUCCAGAUCAAAUCCUAUUUCCCUUGGAGUUUCUUGGACAACUUCGAAUGGGCAGAUGGUUACGGCACCAGAUUUGGUGUCACCUACGUCGACUACGCAACUCAAAAACGUUACCCCAAAGCGUCUGCCAAAUUCUUGCUCAAGUGGUUCAAGGAGCACGACACUCCCAGCGAGAACGAUCUAAAAAAGAAGCCAAAGCCGACAGUAUCCACCAAGCCCAGUCCCCCCAAGCUUGCCGACAAGACGAACUCCAGCGAAUUCAGCUCCACGUCGACAGUGAAAGGCUCACCGGUUGCUUCGCCCACCAAGGCCGUUCGUCCCUGGGGAUUCAAGGCUCGUGUAGCGCGAUACGUCACUUCGAUCAUUGCUUUCAUCAAAUAA